AUGACAGCUGUGAUUCGGCCUAGCGGGCAGACCGAGCUGAGCAACGAAGGGCGGACCCGAGCGGCGACCAUCGCUGAGCUCCAGUUGCGAUACGAGCCCAAGACACACAAAGAUGCGCAGCUCACAAGAAGCUUCACAAGGUGCGUGCAGUCUUCCAUGUCCUCGUCAAAGAUCCCCACGCGGCUGCGGCGCAAGUUGAACGACAUCGGCGAGCAGCGAGUCUUGAAGGCCGGAUUGACUCGGCUCUGCACGCUGCUCACACGCGGGCUGAGCAGCCAGGUGCUUUCCGAACUUCCCCAGCGGUCGGGAGGAGGUCAGCUCUUCAUGACGCCAUCCUUCUACCAACGCCUGCUACGUGGUGAGACAGAGCUCAAAGUCUUGCUUGAAGGUGACGUGGCUGCGGCUCAAUCCGACCUGCGCCAUCUCCGACUUGAGCAGCUCCUCAGCAUCCGAGUGUCCACGCUUGACUGGGCCACGGAGUCGCAUUCACACAGUGCUCAUACGAAUUUCCUGAUGUCCCUGGACAUGCAUCUCUUUGAGCGCUUGGCUCGCGACUUCCUGCGCACAAUACCAGAUGUGAAGCCAGCGACUCUGCAUGCAUUAGGCCUUCGGAUUGCCUUAGUCGCCGGCGCCGAGGAGGUGAUUGCGCAGGGCUGGGGCCAGCGAUCUGUCCAUGGUGUCGGGGAUGCCUUGCCGGCAUUGCCCGAGGUCUGGGCAUUGGCCCUUGGUCCAGAGUUUACUCCGGCGCGGGUGGCUUUCUUCCAUUCCAGGGAGUUGUGGCUUCAACUUUCCGAUGGCGAGCUGCGCAGCAUGCAGGAUAUCGUGGCCGGCCACAAAGUCGCCGUUACCACAGACCGCUCCACUGGUGUGGGCAAGGAUCGUGUCCUCCACUGGGAAAUCGCCGUGAUGGAUCCUUCGUUUGAGGAUAUCCUGGACGAGAUCAAACAACAAGAUCAGGCAUUUGCUGAGCAGAAAAAGAUCUGCUCCGAGCUGACAGCAGUGCUCAAGAAGCGGAUGUCUGGCCGGGCGAAGGAAUUGGGACUGGUCGUCGAGCCAGAGGCUCCGCAGGGCAAUGAGUUGCAGGAAAGCGGAGCUCCGGAACAGCCUGAACCUUCUGCAGUCCUGCCCGAGGAGGCAGCUCCGGAGCCGCCAGAAAGACUGGCGGAGGCUGAGCCUCCUGAGGAGUUCAGCACGCCGGAGCGGGUCGACCGAAGCGCAGCUCAUAAGGCAGGGUCGCUUGAUGUCUACACCCCCGAGCCCGUCACAAAGGCUGCCGUGCCAGAGAUCUCCAGUCGGGAUUCCUCGCCGCCAAGACCCCGCAGGAUAUCUAUCUCCAAGGAGUCAACGGAGUCGAACGGGAAGGCUUCCUUCAUGGGGUAUCCAUCCGAACCGAAGCUGCAGGAGGAGGAUGGUUGUUUCAGCGCAUUCUUGUCGUGUGGAAGACGGUGA